GGGGGCGGGGUAAAUCUUUAGCGCAGGAAGAGAGCGAGAAGCCACAUCGCCGCCAGACUCUUCACUUCACCUGCAGCUGCUACACGAGCCGCGAGCCCCGCUAACGGCCUGGUCCCCUUCUCUUCUGCACACAGGUUAGACCUAGGGCUAUUCCACCAUGUCGGAGAAGAUGGCCUCAAGGCAGUAUUUUAAAGGGUUUGCGCUGCUUGCGAUGCUGAUGACGAAUCCCGGGCUGACGUGGGGUCAGGACAGUACCUCCCCAACGCCCGAGGAGGGUACCACCCCAAUGCCCGCAGCGAGUGCCGCCCCAACGUCCCCAGAUACCGCCACGAGCGCGGGUACCACGAUUCCGGGAUCCACACCGCCGACCGGGACUCCGCCCCCCUCCAGCACUUCACCGUCGGCCUCGGCCUCGGCGACACCGACGCCAACGGCGACGGCGGUUUCCACCACAACCGGCAGCGGCAACACAAACGCGGCAACUACAGCGUCCGGCUACAACGUCACCAUGACAAGCAUGAUCUCCUGUCGGCAGUUCACCUGUAAUGAAUCGCAGUGCUACAGCAUCUUCAUAAACCAAACCGCUACACCCUGCAAUGCCAAUUUCUCCUACUGCCAGCUGCAGCGUGUGGCCUACAUGAGCUACACUGUGGGUUGCAGCGCUAACUGCACCACCACACCAUGUACGAACCAGACCCAGACCGGCUGCUCUGUGGGCUGCUGCAACACUACGGACUGCCUCAAUGUCACCAUGUCCACCAUGGUCCCCACCACAGCUGCUCCAACCACAACCAAGACCACAACCAAAGCUCCGACUACGACCACUCAAGGAAGCAACGGCAAGAAGUGUAACCAGCUGACGUGCACUGGGGAGACCUGCUACACACAAGCCAGCCAGAAGACUCUGGUUGUGGCGUGCCUUGUUGGCCAGGACUACUGCCAGCUGAAGAAGACGGUGGCGGGCGCGGUCAUGACCUGGAAGGCGGGCUGUAGCGGGGACUGCAGGAAGGACACGCCCUGCUCCUCCACAGCGGUGGACUGCACCCAGGAGUGCUGCAACGCCACCCUGGCCUCCUCCUGCCUCAAGCUCGACGGCACCCUCAACAUCCCUGGCUCCGCCUCCGGCCCCGCCCUCGGCCCCGCCCCCCUGCUGCUGGCCCACGCCCUGCUGGCCUGGCUGCUCGCGUCGCAGUUCCACGUUCAGUAACCGCGGCAACUAGUGCCUUUAACGCUGCCAGCUAGAUCAGAGUAGCACAAACGUGUCCUGUGUCCUUCAGACAACCGUCACCUAUUUUAAUCUGUGUGUGAAUGCAUGUGCGUGUGCUGCAUGUGUAAUGUGUAUGUGUUGCAUGUGUAAUGUGUGUGCGUGUGUGCGUGUGUGUGUGUGUGUGUGUGUGUGCGUUUAUCUGUAAGGUGUGUGUGCGUGUGUGUGUGGCAUGUGUAAUGUGUGUGUGUGUGUGUGUGUGUGUGUGAG